AUGCAUGCGGAGACCCAGGUGGUGGAGAGACCCGCCACGGAGGCUAAAGCAGCUGAGGUGGAGGAGGAGAAUCCCAGGAAGCAUGGGCUGGCAUUGAUGCUGGACGAAGGCACACGUAAGAGCCACAGCAUGGCGGAGAACACUCAGUUCGUGACGGGCUUCUUCAAAGGCCUGGGGAACCGUGAUUCCUUCGCGCAGCUGGUGACAUCGCUCUAUUUUAUCUACCAGGCCAUGGAAGCGUCGUUCCAGACCUCUGCAGAUGCCGGCGUUCGGCAUUUAGACUUCCAGGAGCUGCGACGCGUCGCGGCGAUCGAGGAGGACCUAGCUUAUUUUUACGGCCCCAGCUGGCGCGAGCAGCUUCGACCCUCUCCGGCGGCGGAGCGCUACUGCGAGCGCAUUCGCGCGGUCGCGGCCGAGAAUCCGCAGCUUCUGAUCGCCCACCAGUAUACAAGGUACCUGGGUGACUUGUUCGGUGGCCAGAUGAUGGGCGGCAUGGCUGAGAGUUCCCUGGGCCUGGAAGACGGCAAGGGCACCUCAUUCUACCGCUUUCCCCAGAUUCCGGAUACGAAAGCCUUCAUCACAGAGUGGUACUGGGAGCUCAAUAGCUUGCCGCUGAGCCCGGAGUUGAAGGAGGCUAUCGUCGAGGAGGCGAACUUGGUUUUCAGGCUCAACAUCGACAUCUUGGAGGAGCUGGAUGGAUCGCCUCUUGCAGCGGCAUGGCAGCUGGUGGCAUCCUUCUUUCGAUCCAAACUGGGCCUGGCAUAG